GUCUGAUAUACUAAAGUUAAGUCUAAAACUAACUUUUAUAAUUAUUCUCGAAAAAAAAUAUUCCUGUGACACUUUUCUGAGCUGGCACUCGUACUAAGCAAGGGUUGUAAACAAAAUACAGUAUUAAAAUUUAAAAAACGCAGCAAGCCCUGGAAAAGCAAGAUUUACGAUUUGUUAUAUAGUUAUAAUCUUAUAAAAAUGUCUUCAAUUGAUUUUGACCCAUCUAUUAAGUUAUGCUUAAAAUUUCUUCAUUCAAGCGCGUCCGAUUCAACAGAACAAUUACGAUUAACACUUGAUGAUGUGAUUCGACAGACCUAUGGCAAUUCGAAGACUCUUGGACAAGUUUUACCUAAAAAAUAUCUUAUUGAAGAAAAACUAGAAUCUCCGUCACGAUCGAAGCAUAAGAAUGACAAAAUAUCUAGUAUUACAAAGACGGUUGCGAUACCGCAGCAAAGUCCACAACAAAUACAGAUUCCAGAAAGAGAAAAUGAUGAUGGGUCGGUUAUGGACGGAGAGCUUGCUUUUGAUUUUUUGCAAGAAGAUUUGACUUGCGUCGUUUGCCGUCAAAUUGCAGUGCAAGCAGGCAAUCGCUUGGUAGAAUGUGAUGCUUGCCAUUCACUUUAUCACCAGGAUUGCCAUAAACCUGUAAUAAGUGACAAUGACAUGGCAUCUGGAUGGCAGUGUGCUUCAUGUCUCACAACUCAAGGAUUUGCAAGUGGUUUCACUAAUACCUCAUCAUCACCGUCUAAAUCCCCUACUCGAGUAUCUGGAUCUACAACUCCAGUCAAGAUAUCUUCUAGUAGUUCAUCAUCUUCUUCACCUUCAAAAGUUGUCACUCCUAAUAUUAACAUAAUAUCAGCGGAUAAAAGAAUACAGAUCAUGAAAAAAAAGGCAGCAAAGCAACAUGAGAAAAAGAAGAACAAAUAAAUUGAAAUAAUAUGUAGUUUGUAACUGAAAACAUGGAUAAUAUACAAUAUUUAGAUAAUAAAAAAUGGCU